GUUCUUCUGGUUACGCCAGCCUGCGCUCGCAUUUUCCCAUGAACAUUGUCAACAUUGGUUAUUAUCAACACUGUUUAUUAUUAUCAUAGCCAUUAUCAUCAUCAUUAUCAUCAAAACUACCAUGUCUUUACCCCCCCCUCGCUUCGCAACGCUGACCCCGGAGAACAAGGCAGCCCAGAAAUGCCUGGCGUCCCUCGUCGACAGCCAGCCUCCCGAGUCUCCUGUCCAUCUCGUCGCUGUCGCCCAGGCCGAUAGCCCUACAAAGCCCACCGACCGCGCUGCCCAGUCUAAAUACCAGCUUGUGCUCUCGUUCGACGCCCGAGGUUCCAGCUUGGAUCGUGGCUGGGUGGUCGGGAAGCUGAAACAGAGCAGUAAGAUCAACCUGCCCAUCUGCUCAUCCAGGUCGCGUCACCUGAAAGGAUGGAAGAUCUGCAAGCUCUCGAUCCAUCCGCAGUCCGGAGCCUUGUUGUUGUGGAACGCUAGCCAGCACCACUCGAUUGUAUACCUGCAGGCCAACGGUAGCCAAGAUGUUGAGCUGCAGUAUAAUGACGGAUAUGUUCUUCAUAAGAACACCAACCGCCUCCGCAUUGGCCCGCUGGACUUUGUGCUCGAGUUCUCGGUUAGGGACGAGAUAACCUAUUCGACCCAUCUCGAGAACUAUAUGCGGAGGCAGUAUCAGGGCUGGGAUCACCACCGCCGUGUUCAGGAGUACG